UCGCAUGAAUGUAUGGAAGUGAGCCAAGUCCUAUCGGCUUUCUUCGUUCCGAGCGAAGUGAUGAAUGCGGCGGGCCUCGCGGGUCGGCGGCGACCGCUGUGGCUUUUGUGGUCGCUUGUCCUGCCGCUGUUGGUAUGGAAAGUUCCUGGGAGUGCCCGAGCAACCAACCAAUGCGAACUAAGGGGCUGCCCUCAGCCUAAGCCGGGGCACAUCACCAUGCACGUUCUUAGCCACAGUCACAUGGACGUCGGCUGGCUGCAGACGGUGGAUGACAUAUACACUAAUGUCGUAAGGAACAUCUACAACUCGACGAUAAGAGGACUGAACCAGAACUCCCGGAGGCGCUUCGUAGCGGCGGAGAGCGUCUUCUUCUCUCGCUGGUGGCACGAACAGCCGGACGAAGUCAGAAGAAUGGUGCGAGACCUGGUUGACUCGGGGCGCCUUCAGUUCGUGGGCGGCGGCUGGGUGCAGAACGACGAGGCGGUGCCCCACUACACGACCAUCAUCGACCAGAUGACCCUGGGCCUGCGCUUCCUGAACGACACGUUCGGGCCGCAGUGCGGCGUGCCCAGCGUGGCGUGGCAGGCCGACCCAUUCGGACACUCCGUGUCGCAGGCGUCGCUCUUGGCCAGGAUGGGCUUCAGCAGCCUCAUGAUCGGCCGGAUAACGUUCGACCUCAAGGACAAGUGGAGCCAGUCUCGCUCCCUGGAGUUCGUCUGGCAGGCGGACCCACCACGACAGGGUGGAGAUGGCGGCCACAUCUUCGCGUGGGUGCCGGAGAACACGUACGUUAAUCCGAACCAGAUCACCUUUGCUCCGGAAUACUGCAGCUAUGGAGAAGAAGCCGACGAGCUCCCUGACGCGAAAACGCCGGGCCUCCUCGUUGCGUACGCGAAGCGGCAGGCGGACAUGUACACGAACGACACGGUCGCCAUGAUGUCCGGCGGGGACCUGGCCUUUAGCCACGGUGACUGCCGAUUCCAAAGGCAGGACGCGGUCAUCGCUGCGGCCAACCAGAUGGCGCAGGCGAUGGGACGCCGAGAACCCGUCCACGUGGUCCACUCGACGCCCGCCUGUUACAUCGAGGCGCUGAGCGCCAAGUCUAGGACAUGGCCUCGCUACUCGGGAGACCUUCUACCAUACACGGACAGGACGGGCCGCACAUGGACGGGGUUCUACACCACGAGGCCGAGCCAGAAGAUGUUGGUGCGAUACGCGAACGGGUUCCUCCAGGCCAGCAAGCAACUGUCCGUUCUUGGAAGCGGUGACACAAGUACUCACGUCAGACACUUGGGCGAGGCCGUCGCCACGCUGCUGCACCACGACGCAAUCACGGGCACGUCCAUGGAUGAGGUCGCCAGGGAUUACACCGUCAUUUUAUCCGAUGGCAUCAAGUCGUGCGAGCGAUUGGUUAGCACAGCCUUGGUGUCGCUGCUGGAUCCGGGAAUUCUAAGGACCGAGGAAGUCGCCAAGCGGUUGGGGUACUGCCACCUUCUCAACCAAAGUGACUGUCAGCACACCGCAGCUGAUCACAAGGCCCCCCAGUUCGGCGUGGUCGUCUACAACCCGACCAGUGUUCGGGUCUCGCCGUACGUACGCCUGCCAGUGUCCACCGACAGUUCAGUCCUCCUGAGCGUCACCGGUCCGGGAGGCACCAACGUCGAGUCACAGGUCGUGCCGUUGGCACCCCACCGCCACAAGAUCCCGGAACGCCAAGGUAAGGCCGAGUCCUCGUUGGUGUUCCAGGCUAACGUAGAACCUCUGGGGGCAACCAUCUACCACGUGAGGAGCGGAAGGGCGGCGGCGGAGAAGCUCAGAAACUUUCUCGAGAUCCACGAGCAGGACAACUACAUCGAGAACGAGAGGUACCGCAUCGAAAUAGAGCCCGGCACGAGCCUGGUAUCCACAGUGGUUCUGCGGCAGCCCCAGACGUCCGUCAAGCUGCGCCAGUCGUUCGGUGCCUACUCGUUCAACGAGUAUGCGGCGCCCGAUAACGUACGCCCACCAGGCCACUACGUGUUUAGCGCAUACAGUGAAGCUCGGACGAUGGGGGACCAGGUCAUCCACCGCGUGGUCAAGGGGCCCGUAGUGCAAGAGAUUCACCAGAUCUUCAACGGCUUCAUUUCGCAAGUGAUAUCGCUGCACAGAAACAGUCCGUUCAUCGAGUUCACCUGGACCGUGGGACCUUUGACAAUUCUCAUGGAUAGCGCGGGCUGGACUAAGAAAACCGGCUGCGACGUAGUCAGCCAGUUUGAGAGCAACCUCAACAGCUCGGAAUUUUACACGGACAGCAACGGCUGGAAGAACAUGCGCCGCAUAAAGACGCAGCAACCAUACGCCCUGCCGAUUCCUUCCAACUACUAUCCCGUCACAUCGUGGAUAUACAUCAAGGACCGAAUCAAGGGGCUUCAGAUGAUUAUUCUACCAGACCGUCCCCAGGGAGGCAGCAGCCUGCGCUCUGGACAGCUCGAGCUCAUGGUGCAUCGCCGCCACAACACCAACGACGCCCUCGGCGUAAGCGAGAGCUUGCGAGAAGUGGGCGCUGAUGGUGCUGGCCUGGUGGCGAAAGGCACCCACCGGCUAUUCUUGGGAUCCAUAGCAGAGGCGGGACCCUUGCUGCGGCCGCAGGCACUUCAGCUGGUCUACAGACCACUUCUCGUCUUCACUCCCGCCGGAUGGAGGCCGAAGAAAGAAAAGUUCACUGGACUACGGGCGCCGCUUCCAAGUACAGUACACGUACUGACGCUGGAGAGGCUCUCGGCAAAUCAAGUACUCCUCCGCCUGGAACAUCUCGCCGUCACCAAAGCGUUCGUCAUGCUCAACGUCACGCGGCUGCUGGCGGGCCACCUACUGAAAGACCUGCAACCAGUCACUCUGGCAGCGAACCAGUUCCUUCCGAACGCCACGCGACAACGCUGGCCGACAGCGGGGCUCGGUGUACAGCGACCCCACGUGGAGAGCAUACGAAUGACUUCUCCCGAGGUUAUGACAGUGCCCAGCACCGGCGACAGUGUAGUCAGGCUCAAGCCGCGACAAAUAGUCACGUUUCUGGCUACCGUAGUCGACGAAUGACUUGGCGCAAGUGAAAAAACGCGUAGCAUUAAAUGUAUUGAUGUUAUA